GCCCGAUUCCGGCUGCCGCGGGGCGGAGAGAGUGGUGGGACUAGCGGUCCGCACGGCCUGGUAGCCCCUAAUUUCGGGCCCCUACAGCGCGCACCUGCCAGCCAAUCAGCUUGCAGAGCAGGCAUGUCCCCGCCCCCCGCGCACCCGCCGCCCCCCAGCUCUAACCCUAUGGCCGGGUCUCUUGACCGCACACCCCGCAGGGGUCAAGGCUGGACUGCCGAGGCUUCCUCGUUGUUGUUAUCUGGGUGUUCCAGCCUCCGUUGGAGAAACUCCACGGCUCAAAAGAUACCUCCUUCUUUAACUGAAGUGUGCAGUGAUACCUCCUCUACCUUUCACCCCAACUCACCCAUUCCAGCCCAUCCAGACUCGGGGUGAGCCCCAAGACCUCCAACUCUUGCCUACUGGCUCAAAGUGUUACUCCUCUUGGGGGCAUUUGUAUUUUAAGAUGGGUCAGGGAGAGGGUGAUGAAUUUCUACUGGUAAAUGGUUAGGCCUUGUAGUCGACGGCUAAGAGAAGAUAAUGGGCGGGGGGAGGGACCAGGACUCUUAGUAUCCACUGAAACACACUCAGAGACAAUACCUCCCUAUGCAGCAAGCCUCAGAGGCCUGGGAAAAUACUAAGGGAAGAGCUCAGAGCAGAUACCAGGCACUGUGCCUGUAUCAUCUCGAUUCAUCCUCAUUCACAGCAACUCUGGAAAGCAAGUAUUUUUCACAUUUUGCAGACAAGGACACUAAAGCACACAGGUGGGGUGACUUGCCCACAGUCACCCAGCUAGUAUUUGGGAUUCCAUGUCUCACAGCUCUAGGCCUUAUGGAGGAUGCUACUUGGGGAUCUGGGCAUGUCUGUUUCUAGAUCUCAUAUUUGUCCUCAAGGCAGCCUCCACAGGUGGGCAGAAGGCUUGGAGGACCCAGGUCAGGCUCUAGAAGGAGAGGGGAAGUGAGGUGUCCUCUCCCAGCUCAGAAACCUUCUCAGCAGUGGGGGAGGGUAGUGGAGGAACUCUGUUCCUCACUCCAUUUGUCCUCAGAGGGGCCGUAGGGUCAGUGGCCCUGUCUCCUGCCCCCCUUCUUCCCCCGGGGCAACAUUUAACCCUCCACCAACCAUGUGUGAUGCUGCCUGCCCCCACGCAUUCUCCUCAGAGUUGUCUGAGGCACAGAGAGGACCGCGGCUGAUUAUGGAGAGCGGAGGUCCACCGGCCACAUGGCAUGGGCUGCCGCUGCUGCUGCUACUGCUGCCUCCCAGCCAUGAAGGAUGAGCCGUGAGACAUACUCUCCCCAGACAGAGGACUCAGGACCGGCCUGCUCUGCACCUCAGCAAUGGCCCUGGACAAGAACUUGUAACCAUCAUGACCUUUAACCUCACCAAGAUCAUAAAAACCUCCUCCUCCUUUGAGUUUCGGACCUGGGAUCCAGAGGGAGUGAUUUUUUAUGGUGAUACCAAUCCAGAGGAUGACUGGUUUGUGCUGGGACUUCGGGAUGGGAGGCCUGAGAUCCAGCUUCAUAAUCACUGGGCCCAACUUACAGUGCGUGCUGGACCCCGGCUGGACGAUGGGAGGUGGCACCAGAUGGAAGUGAAGAUCCAUGCGGAUUCUGUGAUGCUAGGGCUGGAUGGGGAGGAGGUGCUGCAUCUGAGACAGGUCUCUGGGCCACUGGCGCACAAACCCCAGCCCAUCGUGAAGAUUGUUCUGGGGGUGCUGCUCUUCCCUGCCUCCAAACUCUGGUUGCGGCUGGUCCCUGCCCUGGAUGGCUGCCUGCGCCGGGAAGACUGGCUGGACCAGCAGGCCCAGACCUCAGCAUCUGUCCCCACUAGUCUCAGAAGCUGUGCUGUAGAGUCUCAACCUGGGAUAUUCUUCCCGCCAGGGACUGGUGCAGAAUUCAGUCUCGAAGACAUUCCCUGGCCUCAUGUAGAGCCCUGGGCCUUCUCCUUGGACCUGGGACUCCAGCUAGCAGCAGGCUCAGGCCACCUCCUUGCCCUUGGGACCCCAGAAAACCCUUUCUGGCUCAGCCUCCACCUCCAAGAUCAAAAAGUGGUGCUGUCUUCUGUGUCAGGGCCAGGGCUGGAUCUGCCCCUCAUCUUGGGGAUCACUCUUCAGCUGAAGCUGACUGUGUCCAAGGUGGUUUUGAGCCAGGGGACAAAGAAGGAGAUCCUUGCUCUGCCUCCCAUGGGCCCUGCCCCCCUCCUCAACCUCUGGGCCGAAACACAGGGGCGUCUCUUCCUGGAGGCUUUGCCAGGAGAGGCCUCUUCUGCAUCCUUUUGCUUGGAUGGCCUUCGGGCACAAGGCCAGAGGCUGGACAUGGACCGGGCCCUGAGCAGAAGCCAGGACAUCUGGACUCACAGCUGCCCCCAGAGCCCAGGCAAUGGCACCGACACUACCAUUACAUCCCCACCUAAGAACCUCCUUUGAAUGUCACUCAUUCAUUUAUUUAACAAAUAUUUACUGUGCAUCUGCAAUGUACCAGGCACUGUGCUGAGCAUCGGGUUGCACUGAUGAGCAAAACUUACCCUGCUUCGGGACUUCCCUAGUGCAGGUGGUUAAGACUCCGAGCUCCCAACGCAGGGGGCCUGGAUUCGAUCCUGGUCGGGGAACUGAGAUCCUGCAUGCCGCACAUGGCGGCCCAAACAAAGCAAAACAAAAAACUAACCCUGCUUCCUGCCCUCUCUGUGCUUGUGGUCCCCUGGGGGAGGCAGGCAUCCAUCAAAGACUAACAAGUGAGUGGAUAAUUGGAAACUCUGAUAUACGCCAUAAAGGAGCAGUCAGGGAACUGAGAAAGCUCGAAGGCCAGUGGCCUUGACCUAGGCUGGGGAUGGAGGAGGGAUUCCUGAGGAAGUGGUGACUUCUUAGGCUGAGAUCCCAGCAACAGCACCCACAGACCCACAGACACACACACCCCAGUUGCGAGUCACUUCCUGGGAGCCAGCAGCCCACCUCCUUCCCCAGCAGCUGCAGCCCCGGGGCUUUAGCUUUGUCCCUCUGGGGCUGGUCCCCAGAAAUCGGGAGGGAAGGGAAGAGAUGGGAUUUUGUUGUCCUUUAGACAGGCCACUGCUAUCCAAGAAAGGAGCAGCAGGGGGCGUGAGUGGGUCAUAGAGAGAUGGAGGCCUUUGGGAAAAGGGGUGGAGGCAGCAGGGAGAAAGAAAAGGGGGGGAGAGCAGAGGGAGAAGGCUGCCUCUAUCUCUCCUCAUCUCGGCCCACUAA